GCCUUUAAGGUCCGCGCGCUUCGCAAAACAAGCUGACAGAAUGAUGAAAGCAAAAUUCACAAGCAGGAAAGCGAAGGACUUCAAUCUCUUGCUAAUAAAUCAUGUGUGAAAGGAAGCCACAGUGAGAAAAUGGCUUCUCACAAGUCAAAGACUGGAACCAAGAUAAAUGUUACAGAGGCAGUGAAGGAAUCCAGUCCAGUGGAUGAAUAUGUCACACCUGGGGGCUACGAGCUGGAGAAAAUCCUAAACCGUGGGAGUGUGGCUUACACUCAUGUCAACGAGGUCUGGCCUAAUGUCUACAUCGGGGACGAGCAAACUGCAAAGGACAAGUGUAAUCUGAAGAGGUUGGGGAUUACGCACAUCUUGAACGCGGCGGAGGGGACGUGGAACAACGUGGACACCGGAGCUGCUUACUACAGCGACAUGGACGUGGUCUAUUACGGAGUGGUAGCAGAGGACGUCACGACCUUUAACCUCAGCCAGUAUUUCUUCUCUGCGGCCCGGUUUAUAGAAGAAACAUUGGGCAAUCCUCAGAAUAAACUGCUGGUGCACUGUGUGAUGGGAAGGAGUCGGUCUGCCACACUCUUCCUGGCCUACCUCAUGAUCUGUGAAAACAUGACGGUGGUCGACGCCGUCGAACACGUGAAGAGACGCAGGAGGAUCAUCCCCAACUGGGGCUUCCUGAAACAGCUGAGAGAGCUGGACAUGCAGCUCCUGGAGAAAAGAGAAGAGGGCACAGAGCACAACUGAUGGGAGCACUCGGGGGGGCCAAGUCGAGCCUCAGGUCAACGGAGACAAAUUCAAGUCGGGUUUCAAGUCAUUGUGAACGAAUAAAAGUUUCUGGAUAUUUAAGUCCAACGUCAAAAGUCAGGACAAGUCGAAGAACAAAACUCUUGCCAACCCUCAGGUCAUUUGAGACAAGUCCAAGUCAAGUAAAAAGUAAUUUAAGACAGUUUAAGUUCAAUCUCAAGUCAUUCAGGACAAGUCAAAGUCAAGUCUCAAGUACAGUAUGAAGUUAAUCUCAAGUCACAUUCGAGACAAGUCCAAAUAAAAAGUCAUUCAGGACAAGAGGAAGUCAAGUCUCCAGUAUAUCAGAGCAGAUCUCAAGUCAGGUCACAAGUCACUUGAGACAAGUCCAGGCCAAGUCAAGUCUUUUGUGAUUUGAAGUCCUGUGAGACAAACCCAGGUAAAGUCUUCCAGUGUGAAUCUCACGAAGUCUCGACUCACGUCACAAGUUGCAAGACUUCAGGUCACUGAAUUUGAAGUGAAGCCUUUGAAAUUGUGUUGAAUCGUGUUUUUUCAUAUUAAGUGAGACUAAUAUAUUUUAAUGCAAAGGUCUAAUGAUUAAAUACACUAUUUGUGGGCGUGCAGCAUC